AUUUUGAAAUUGUCUUUGCAGAUAUUGAUGAAUACUCUCAAGAACAGAUCAUGCUGGAUUUGGUGACAUUUUUGGAUAAGAUGGCCAUCGCUCAGGUCACUGUGGUGGGCCACGAUUGGGGUGGCGCUCUGGUCUGGAACUUGGCACAGUUUCACCCUGAGAGAGUCCGAGCUGUGGCGUCUCUCAACACUCCUCUUUUCCCUGUGGAUCCAAACACAAAUCCGAUGGAGAAAAUAAUGGCCAUACCAAUCUUUGACUACCAGAUAUAUUUCCAGAAGCCUGGUGUUGCAGAGGCAGAGCUGGAGAAAAACCUUGAGCGAACCUUCAAGCUGAUGUUCAUAUCAAGUAGUGAUAAAGAUGGAUUUCCUAAGUUAACCACUACUGGAGUUUGCCAGAGAGGUGGAUUGUUUGUUGGGUCUCCGGAUGAUCCUCCGCGCAGCUCUAUGCUGAGUGUGUCUGCACUUCAGUAUUACACAGAGCAGUACAGCAAGAGCGGAUUCAGAGGGCCACUCAACUGGUAUCGUAACGUGGAGAGGAACUGGCGCUGGAUGAUCUCCAGACCCAGAGCGAAGAUCAUGAUGCCUGCUUUAAUGGUGACGGCUGGAAAAGACCCUGUUCUGCUGCCAGUGUUUGCCACAGGGAUGGAAAACCUGGUCCCAAACCUCAGCAGAGGCCACAUUGAGGAGUGUGGACACUGGACUCAGAUGGAGAGGCCUGCGGAGCUCAAUAAAAUCCUCAUCUCCUGGCUGAAGGAAACCCACCAGAAAGCCUCCAUCUCUGUUCAUCCCAAGUUAUGAGGCGAUGAUCCUGAUUUGACUGAAUGAAGCGCCCUAAUGUCCAGGCUUGCUGUUUGCAUAAUACCAUCCCGUGUCCUUUUGAGUAGAUCUCCUGCUUCUUAAAUGAAGUCUUUUGUAAUGCAAUGCGAUAUUAAAGCGCGCAGCUAGAUUUAGUCUUUUAAAGGCAGUGUCUAUUUAUACUGUGCAAAUAGCAGAAGCUGUGUGUUUAGUUUUUUUCACCUGCUCAUAUAGUUCGUCAUUUGUGCAAAUAUCAUUUCUGUUUACAUUGUGUGCAAAAGCAGAUGUCACUGCUUGCUCUAUAGUGGAAACGAGAUGAUGUUUGUUUGCAAUUUAUAUUUGGUGCCAAAAAAAAUGGAUGAAAUAGAAACGGCUUAUAAAAUUCAUGAAAAACAGCAGGCAACACCAGCGCGGUGCACAGGGAGGUGGCCCGGUGGCUAGAGCCACUGCCCCUUUGCCCUCAUUGGCUGCGGUGCCCCUUUUGCUCAAUCCUACGCCCCCCUCCCGCUCUUCACAUUGCGAUUGGCAAACUCCCUAUCCCCCCCCCCCCCCCCCCCCUUCCCUCAGCUCUUCACUUUGCGAUCGCAAACUACUGUAAAGGUCUGUGCACGGGCCUGGGCGACACAUUGAAUUAACUCUUUCCCUGCCAGAGGUUUUCUUAAAUGUUACCAGCCAUCGCUAGCAUUUUUAAAGCCUGUUUCACUCCGCAAGCGUGAGCAGAGCAUGUUUUUUUUUUUUGGCGUCCAUGUUAACAGAUUAGAGCUUUCAUACUGCACGCAGAAGCAGCGCGUCAGAAUGAGGCGUGAGCGUCACUGAAGCAGCAGUGCUGCAAUAGUUUUGGCGCUGGAUCUAUUUUUGCCAUGCUGCUCACGCUUAAUUAAAGCGACAGUGCAUUGAUAAUGACUAAAAACGCAUUGAAUUACAGUAAAAAGUAGCAAUUUUACCCAAUAAAUGCAUCAAUAAUAUCCACAGAUUUUUAUAUAUUCAAUCAAAUGAACUUAAACUAUUAAAUACAGCAACAAAUAUUUAUUUGGGCCCGAACUACAAAACCAAAUUUAAAACUAUUUUAGUAUCAGUUUUGCUUUGUAAGUUGCACACUAGUUUGAUCAUGUAUAAAUAUCAUUCUAACUAUAUUGUAUAAAUAUUACUAUUACAAGGCCGACAUCAUGCUGACGAUCAAAAAAAAAUAAAAAUGACAUGAUAUCACAGGCGAUUGUCUGACCGAGUGCACCUGAAAAGACAUGAGUGACACUCCUCAGAGCGUGAGAAGCAGACGGUUCUUUAGGAUCUAUAUAAUUUGUAAAAUAAAGAGUUGCAGGUUAAGGAAACAGCAUAGGAGGAAGUUGCCGCGGGCCUUGGUGCAGAUGAAAGUUUUUUAAAAAAAGUGUAUUUAUAGAUAGAUGGUUAAGUAGAUAGAAUAGACAGCGAAAGAUGGAUCUGUGCAGCAGCUGCCGAUGAGCUGCGUGCUGCAGAUGAAGCCGGUGUGAAAGGCAAACGCCUGCAUGCUGCUUUGCUCUCCAUACACGCUGCUCAGGCACUGCUCGGGGUGUAAAACAGGCGUCAGUUUGACAGUCCCCAGAAAAUUUUCUGAUAGGAAUAUAUGAGCAUGAUUAUACCCAGUGAUGGGAAUAACGGCGCUGUAAAUAAAUGUUGUUACUAAUAGCGUCACUUUUUUCCGUCACAAGUAAUCAACUGAAUUACUGUUUCCACCGUUACAACAUCGUUACCGACAGUAAAAUAUGCGUUACUAUAAUUGUGAACACUGAAGCGGUUUUCAUGCGAGCAGCGUCCAAAUUAUCCACAGGAAAGAGUCUCUGUGUCGGUGACGAGUAAUUCUAAUCUAAUAAAGCACCUCACGUCGUCACAUGCCAGCAGGUGAUAACGUGAGCUCUGCUACCAAAGGAGGAGACGAAGCCACGGUGUCAAAGCAAAUAAAACUUGACUUUUCCCCACCGCAAACACUUAUUACUCAGACAGAAUUCGAUUAAUAUCUAAAUAUAUAGUUGAGGAGCGACACGGUGGUGCAGUGGGUAGCGCUGUCGCCUCAGCUGGGUCAGUUGGCAUUCCUGUGUGGAGUUUGCAUGUUCUCCCCGUGUUGGCGUGGGUUUCCUCUGGGUGCUCCGGUUUCCCCCACAAGUCCAAACACAUGCACUAUAGGUGAAUUGGGUGAGCUGAAUUGUCCGUAGUGUAUGCGUGUAAACGAGAGCGUAUGGAUGUUUCCCAGUGAUGUGUUGCAGCCGGAAGGGCAUCCGCUGCAUAAAACAGUUCAUUCCACUGUGGUGACCCCACAUUAAUAAAGUGACUAAGCCGAAAAGAAAUGAAUAUAUAGAAUUGAAUGAAUAGAAUCAUAUAGAAACUGAAUGAAUAUAUAUAGUUGAGGACAUGCUGCUGUUGUCUCUCACAUUAAAAUAGUGUAGAUUAGUGCAGUGUUUCCCAACCCUGUUCCUGAAGGCACAUCAACAGUACAGGUUUUCAACCUCUUCCUAAUCAAACACACCUGAAUCAGCUCAUCAGGACAUUAGAAGAGACUCCAAAACCUGAACUGAAUGAGUCAGAUAAAGGAGACAUCCAAAAUAUGUACUGUUGGUGUGCCUCCAGGAACAGGGUUGGGAAACACUGGAUUAGUGGACAAUGUUUUAUAUUGAUUUUAAAGUCAUUUGACAAAUUAGAUUUAGUUUAAAGUAACAUAAUAGUUACUUUCCCUGGUAAUUAGUUACUUUUAUAAUUAUGUAACUCAGUUACUAUCUCAGUUACUAGUUGUUACACUCAGUGCAUCUAACUUUUUAUUUGGCACCUUGUAUAAAUAGCCACUGCCUUUUUUUAGUGUUAUAUUGAUGAAAAUCCAUGCAUUGAUGAUUGAAUGAUCUUUAUUAACAGCCAAUAAAUACUCAUUUGCAUUAUAA